AAGUUUGGUCAAAACAAUACAAAAAUAAACAACACAAAAAGUAAAAGAAAAAAAAAACACACCAAAAAAAAAAUGGCACACAAUUACCUCGCACUUUCGUCCACGCUUGGGAUAAAAUACGCACCACUACCUAGUCUAGCCUCCGUCCACCAUUCUCUGCUAUCGUGCGCACCUCCUCCCAUGGCGAUCGCCUUCCAGCUCUGCCGCAUCCCCACCCGCACUGACCUUUUCCUUCCGGAGACCUUCUCUCUCCGGUGCCGGAAACCUCUCUCCGUCAGAUGCUCCGGCGAUUCCUCCUCCGCCUCUUCUCCCUUCGUCGCCGUCGAGUCCGACUUCGACGCCAAGGUUUUCCGGAAGAACUUGACGCGAAGCAAGAACUACAACCGCAAAGGCUUCGGCCACAAGGAGGAGACUCUCGAGCUCAUGAACCGCGAGUACACCAGUGAUAUUAUCAAGACUUUGAAGGAGAACGGGAACGAGUACACCUGGGGAAACGUGACGGUGAAGUUGGCCGAAUCGUACGGAUUCUGCUGGGGCGUCGAGCGCGCUGUGCAGAUCGCCUACGAGGCGAGAAAGCAGUUUCCCGAUGAGAAAAUCUGGAUCACUAACGAAAUUAUCCACAAUCCCACCGUCAACAAGAGGUUAGAGGAGAUGAAAGUGGAGAAUAUUCCGAUUGAGGAAGGGAAUAAGCAGUUCGAGGUUGUGGACAAAGGUGAUGUUGUGAUUUUGCCUGCGUUUGGAGCUGCCGUGGACGAGAUGUUGACUUUGAGUGAUAAAAACGUACAAAUUGUUGAUACUACUUGUCCUUGGGUUUCAAAGGUGUGGAAUACCGUUGAGAAGCACAAGAAAGGGGAUUACACUUCUAUUAUUCAUGGGAAAUAUUCCCAUGAAGAGACCAUAGCAACUGCUUCUUUUGCUGGAACUUAUAUUAUUGUGAAGAACAUGCAAGAGGCGACCUAUGUGUGUGAUUAUAUUCUUGGCGGUGCGCUUGAUGGAUCUAGCUCAACUAGAGCGGCGUUUCUGGAGAAAUUUAAGUAUGCAGUUUCUGACGGGUUUGAUCCCGAUAAGGACCUCGUGAAGGUUGGCAUUGCAAAUCAGACUACCAUGCUUAAGGGAGAAACUGAAGAGAUUGGGAAAUUGGCUGAGAGGACUCUGAUGCAGAAAUACGGAGUGGAAAAUGUCAAUGACCAUUUCGUAAGCUUCAACACAAUUUGCGAUGCAACUCAGGAGCGUCAAGAUGCAAUGUACAAGCUGGUAGAGGAUGAUCUAGACCUUAUUCUAGUUGUUGGUGGUUGGAACUCGAGCAACACGUCUCAUCUACAAGAGAUUGCUGAGGAGCGGGGAAUACCCUCGUAUUGGAUUGACAGUGAGCAGAGAAUAGGUCCUGGGAACAGAAUAGCAUACAAGCUUAAUCAUGGAGAAUUGGUUGAGAAAGAGAAUUGGUUGCCUAAGGGUCCCCUCAUGAUUGGUAUAACAUCGGGUGCUUCUACUCCAGAUAAGGCUGUUGAAGAUGUUCUCAUCAAGGUGUUCGACCUCAAACGCGAAGAAGCGUUGCAACUAGCGUAAUGUAAGAUAGGUUUAUGUUUAUACUUCCCCGUUGUACUGAGCUUAUGUUAUAGAGCUUCAUUGUUGUAUAAUUAAGAUAUGAAAGGCUAUGCUGUAUCUUUGUAGAAAAAGCUCCAUGUACCCCAAAAUUACUUGCAUUGCCGUAUAGUAAUAGAGGGUUUUUUUUUUUUAUUGCUCAAAA